AUGGCGCUUGAACUUGGGCUCAAGAUCACUCGAACCAGGGCCCCUGAUAAUGCCACCUCUAUCUCUGAGCUUCGCAUUUCCAAAAGCAGAGAAGGUCCAGUGUUCGUGUCCACUGAAACUCACGCCACCUUCAUCCUCACUUGCUAUCUCAAAGGUUACCACAGAAAUAGCUUUGAGAUCAAGAUUAGUGAGGAUGGUAAGGAGAUUUCCAUUAAUGGAGAGAAGCCAGUUCAGGAAAUUUUGAUGAUGGGGAGGGUAAUGUUGAAGAAAAAUGUGGAAACUGUAGGGUUUAGAAAGGUUUUUAAAAUCCCCUGUGGAGUGGUUUUGGAUCGAAUCAGCGCCAAGUUUGAUGAAGAUGAAUCAUUAUUGAAAAUUGUAAUGCCCAAGUUGGUGAAAGGGAUUUGCGGGGUUCAGAUUGAAGAGGUGAGAAAGGAAGAAGGAUUUGGGGAAUCAAGCCAGAAAGCUUCUGAAAUUGGGGAAAAUGAGAGUGUUUUCAAACUGGAAGAAGGAUUAUCUGACAAGAAACUUGUAGAAUCCACCAAUGGGAAUGUAACUGCUGACACAAUCCAAAAAGAAAUUGAAAGCCCAAGAUUUGAAGCAAUGAAGAAAUCAGACCUAGGCGAAAAUGUAUGUCAUACACCAAAGAACAUUGAAGAUGCAAGUCCCGAAGUGUUGAAGGUGCCUGUGCUUCAGCCAUUGGAGGAAACUGAAAAUAUUAUGCUCGGUGGGCCACCUGGGAUCACUGGAGAAGACAAAUUUAAAGGAACACCAAAGGGAGAAGUCGAAGAGGUUAAGUUUGAAAAUGGAAGCAAAGAUGAAGAAAGGGUGCAAACAGAAAUUAGUAAGGAAGGACUUGAAGCUAGAGACACUACAAUGCAAGGAAGGAAAUCUGAAAAAGUUCUUGCUGGAGCUUUCAGGACUAGUGAGGAGGACAUAUUUGAAAGAACACAAAUCAAAGAAACUAAGUUGGAAUGUGAAAGCAAAGAUGAAGAAAGGGUGGGAACAAAAAUUAGUGAGAAAGGACAUGCAAAAAGGGAGGGAACAGAAGUUAGUAAAGGAGGACUUGAAUCAAUAGAUGCUACGAUGGAAGAAAGGGAACCUGAAAAGGUGUUCGCUAGGGCUUUUGGGAUUAAUGGUGAAGCUAUAGAUGAAGGGAAACAAAAGAAAGAAAUUGAAGACACUAAUUCUGACAGUGAAGGAAAAUUUGAGGAAAGGUGGAAAUUAGGAAGGGAGGACUUGAAGCAAAAGAAACUAUAA